ACAGCGCAUCAAUUGGAAGGUCCCCCCAGCUUCCUCUCGGCCUUUUUAAACCUCACUCCUCGGAUUCAGCCCACUCAUCGGCCGACUAACGUUAGAAAUUGACUCAUUUUAGAGCUAUAGUGGGCAUGAAAGAUGUCGCGCUGUGAGCAGGCAUAGACGACUUAUUAAAACAGCAGGAAAGGGCCUUGGACUUGAGCCAAAUAGGAUCUCACCCUGUUGUGCUCUGACCGGAUUUGGAGACGUUUGGAUGUACUUGUUGAGAUGCUCUCCUGCCUCGGUCUCUGUGUCUGGUGAAUGAUUUCAGCCAGUCCUGGAAGCUUUGAUUGGCGUCGGUUUAAGCGCUUGGCUGAAUAGCAGACAUAUAAAAGUGACAUAUUUUCUGUGAGGGCGUCUUUUGGGAUUGAAUGUGGAGAUGCAAGGUCGCUUAGUGGACUCCACGUUAAUACAUUUUGUCAAUGACAUGAGCCUGAUGGAGUUUCCGCAAAAGUGCACUUUGGAAUCAAAACAGCAGGUGGAUAAUGACUCAUCCAGUCCGAACAACCAGAUGCGGCUGAACGACGUGCCGUGGAGCAGGGAGCUGGAAAACGGCGUGUGCACCGAGCAUCUGGUGAUGGGUGCGCCGAGGUACUAUAGCCGCGGGGCACAUGGGCAUCCCAGCAAGUCUAAACGGAGGAGGAUCAUCAACGUGGUCCAAAGGCAGGCGGCCAAUGUGCGGGAAAGGAAGCGGAUGUUUAGCCUGAAUGAGGCGUUUGAUGAACUUAGGAGGAAAGUUCCCACAUUCGCCUACGAGAAGAGACUGUCCCGCAUCGACACACUCCGUCUGGCCAUCGUCUACAUUUCAUUCAUGACGGACCUGCUGGAGCAAAAUAGUCAAAACAGCCCAGUAUGAACUUCUACAUUGAUUGGACUGGGUUGCCUUGAUGACAAAGACACCGAAAUGCUUGAACAAAUUAAUAUCGUCUUAAUUCAGACUGUGAUAUGGGAUUUCUUAGAUUCGUAGAACUAGACAACAGAAAAAAUUUGAAACUAUUCAGACUUUUAAACCCCCCUUUCGCUCAGAAAAGCAUUGCAGUGACAGCUUAAUAUAAGUUUGCCUUAAAUUAUUACACUUGAUCUAAACAAGCCGAGAGAACUCCCCUUCAAA